UCAGAGCUGCCCAAGCAAGGCCCUUCUCGCCUUCGCCAGCCACCUUCCUGUUUGUUUGUUUGUUUCGUUUUAAGGAAGCUGGCUGAGACCAUGCCUUUCUGUAGGCUAAGAAUUCCUGCCUGGGAGAGGAAAUGGAAAACAAAUAUGACUUUGGAAGGCUGGGGCGCUGCGGCUCCCCAUCCUCACUUGGCAAAGGCGGCUUGUGUCUGGAUCUUGUGUUGUCACCUUUUUUCCCCUUGUAAGAAGCGAACAGGAAAGGUUUGCAGCCUGGAAGGAAAGUAGGAUCGGGUCCCUUCUUCAGCUCCCAGUCCAAAAGGCGGCUCCGGGCUUCCGCUUUUGAUUAGCCGGGAUCAUUCUUAUAUAAGCUGUCACUGGAGGAGGAGGAGGAGGGAGAGGAGGCAGGCAAGCAAGCAAGCAGGCAAGCUCCGCCGGAUGUUUUGUGUGUGAGGAAAGAAGGAAGGAUUUCCAGUCCAUAUUCGUGGAACUCGAAUUGGGCGUCCGGAUCCGGCCGGCUGAGCGGCGCUGUGGCGGACAUGGGUCCGUGGAUUACAACAACCCACGUGUGUUUUGCUUCUGCCUGUGGCCCGGAGAGGAUGACUGAAUGGAUGAAUCAUCAGUUCCACGGAAUGGGCUCAAAGAUGCCUAACUCUAAAAAGAAGCAGAGGUUAGGAAUCAUCACCCCAUGAGAACCUUUGGAUUUUGAUCAAAUGCCUGGAGAAGUCCAGCAGCCUAGAGCAGGUCACCAUCAUCCGCUCCUGUGAUCCUGUCAUCUCCGCCUUCUCAAUUCACAGCUCGGGUCUAAAUCGUUUUACUGCCACAGCUUGUGCCACGAAUGGCUACCCAGAGGAAGCACUCUGUGAAAGAUUUCAAUCCCUAUAUCACUUGUUGUAUCUGUAAAGGAUAUCUUAUCAAACCAACAACAGUAACUGAGUGCCUCCAUACUUUUUGCAAAAGUUGUAUUGUACAGCACUUUGAAGAGAGCAAUGACUGUCCCAGAUGUGGCAAUCAAGUCCAUGAGACAAAUCCAUUAGAAAUGUUACGGCUCGAUAAUACAUUAGAAGAAAUCAUAUUUAAGUUGGUUCCACAACUUCGUGAAAAGGAACUGCACUGUGAAGCUGAAUUCUGGAGGAAAAACAAACCUCAAGAAAACGGAGAAGAAGAAAAUCCAAAAUCCCCAAAUCCCAAAGAUAAUAAAGAUGAAGAUGAAAAUCAAGAGGAUAAAGACUAUCACAGGAGUGACCCACAGAUUGCUAUUUGUUUGGAUUGUUUACGUAACAAUGGCCAGUCUGGAGAUAAUGUAGUAAAAGGACUGAUGAAAAAAUUUAUCCGGUGUUCUACACGUGUGACUGUAGGAACCCUAAAGAAGUUUCUAAGUUUAAAAUUAAAGCUUCCAAGUUCUUAUGAGCUGGAUGUACUAUGCAAUGGAGAAAUCAUGGGGAAAGAUCAUACUAUGGAAUUCAUCUACAUGACAAGAUGGAGACUACGAGGAGAAAAUUUUCGGUGUCAGAACUGCUCAUCUUCACAAGUCUGCUCACAGGAUGGCUCUUUUUAUCAGUCUUACCCCAUGGUACUCCAGUAUCGACCCAGAAUUGACUUCGGUUAGACCAAAGGGCCAGAUCCCACUGAGAUUAAUACUGCACUGUGUUUACCCAUCGACAGAUUGCACAAUGAAUGGAUGUGCCUGGAUUGGGGGAGGAGAGGUACAUAGCCGGAAUUUCGGCAUGGAAACGUGGACUUUUUCUUCUUCUGAUCAACUAUUUUUUUCUCCUCUUGUUAGAAUAAGCCAAGUGCCAUUCUGCUACUGAAACACUCAUGAGAUAUUUGUGGCAUCAAAGACUGAAAAUUGUAGCCAAACUGUUAAAUGUAUAGUUAAGAGUCUCAAUCUCUGAAUAUUUUAUUUGCCUGUUAGAAAGCUUCACUGGUCCAUAACAUUGGUUAUGUUAGCAGAGAUAGCCAUCUGCUCUUUCACAUGUGAUGUUGCGAUUGUUGUUUUUCACUUGUAUUAUUUUACUGAAAACAUUGUUUAAAAGAAGUACUGUAUAAAAAGGUUAUACCUAUACCUUAAAAUAUUUUGUAUAUAAUAUAUGUUUUAGAAAUGUGGUUAUUGUGCCACUACCUUUAUCUCGUUCAGUUUCUCAUAGAAUCAGGUAUAGCUCACUUAUUAGUAUGCAGCAGUGUUUUUGUAGCAUCUGAAAACUUAGAUUUUGUGUCAGCAAAAGUGAAAUACAGUCCAUCCCAUCAACAUUGAACAGAAAGGGUCUAAUGUAUCAUAGCCUUUAUUCAAUUGCACAAUAUGUGACUUUAUAGAUAAUUUUGACUUGGAGAAGUACCAAUUCAGCAGGUAAGGUUGCCUUUUCAGAAAGUUUACUUCAAAAACAAGGAAAAGCAGGAACCUUCAUGAUUGAUUUCUUCCAAAUGGUAUCUGUCUCUCAAACUAUUGUCAACACAAGCUUCCCUUUAUGAAAAUCUCUUUUCUUCUGGUUUUUUUUUAAAAUUUGGCAACAGUGAAAAAAGAACAUAGGCUGAAACUGAUAGUCUUAAUUAUGGUGGGUUAGGACUACAGAGUUUUAAGUACACCUCCCUCUGACCAUACUGAGUGACGUACAGCAAGAUACCAUAAAAUGCAGUUUUGUGGCAUUCACAACCGCAUAUUAUGGUCAGUUGGAAUUUAGCACCAUUGUAGAUCUUGUUGUGACAUCUAAAACUGAGAUAUAUUUAGUAUGGUUGACUACCUGAUUAAAACUUCUGGCCUUUUCAGGGUUUUCUUUUUCAUAGAAAUCAGUAACAUUACAAAAACGUUGAUGGUUGCCUUAGUAUUCCUUCUAGUUUGAAACAUCUUGUAUUAUGGAUAUCAUUACAGAGAUCAUAAUGUACAUUAUAUACUUUUCUGUCUUCCAUUAUUUUUCAUAGUUAAUAGCCAAAAUAACAAUAUAGUUCAGUAGUCCACACAGCUCCCAAUAAAUACAUUCAUUUGUGUAGUGAACCAAACAUAAGUAAUUUAAUUUACCUUAACAAGCUAUGGUGUAAUUAAGGUAGUUUAGGAACUAUGACACAACAACUGAGCUUGCAAAAGAAGGGGUGUGAAUAUAAAACAUCAUAGACUGUUGUUCCCGGAGGAAUAGUGUGAAAUUCUUGCAAGAUCAAAUGUUCCCUUGAGGCUUUAUAUGAGAGUUCCAGUCUAGAACAAUUUAAAAAAGAGCAGACUAUUUUGUUUCAAAUGCAAUACUUGUAUAGUUUCCUCUUCCUGCACAGUGUGGUCAGAGCUGAGAAAUGCAACAAAGCAGAAGGAUUGCAAGGAUGGAAAAUGCUUCUUUAGUGCUGAGCCACUGUGUAAGAUGCAAUGUAAGGGUCUGCCCUCCUGUGGUAGAGAAGAUGCAGUUGUUUAGUGGUUGGGUUAAUGGGAGAUCCUGUACAAAAGAUCCUAUCAACCCUGGCUAUUGGGCAUGCUGUCAGUGAAUGUCAAUUUGCAUUCAAACAGCAUGUUCCCUCUUCCUGGUCUGGGCUUCUUGAAAGGAUGUAUGCAUAUCCAGCAAAAUCGCAUCACUUUUUCUGCCUUUGGACAGUGCCAUGUCUAAAACUGUUUCUGCAGUUCCUUUCCAUUUCCAAGAUAUGUGCUGUUCUGCAUGUGAAAUUACUGUUUAUAAACACCAGGUCUCCUGUUCCCUUGGGCUUAUAAAACUAAAUAUGUGGAUCUUAGUCAGCUGUUUGCACAUUCAUGUACACAUCAACUUGCAGUAUAGACUUGAUUUGUUACAAAAAUGUUUUCUAUCUGCAUAUUAGCAUUUAUAGAAUGUGUGGAAAUUCCCAUUUGUAUGAGAACUAAUUUGAACUUUAUCUAGGAGCCCUGCUAACUAUGUAUAUAGUCAAAGGAUACACAAAUUAUUUCUGCAUCUCCUACAAAGAAUAUGGACAACAUCCAAAGCAGGAGAAAUACCUGCUGAAUUCCAUUACAGAACUUUCUCAUAAGAAAUAUAUGUGAGUCAUCACUUGAGAUGUUCCCCCAGAGUUUGAAAACUAGAUACAGUCACCAUACUUUUCAGGACUUCUGAGUAAUAGUCAAAUCUACUCCUAAACCUAUUUUGAGGUGUCCUAUUUUCAAGUGUAGCUUUUCAUUAGUAUUGGAACUAGUUUCUCAAUAUUGAUGCUGUGGAGGGGAAUUCAGUUGGCUAGAAGGACAUAUCAGUUCGUUCCUACCAGUGCUUUGUGAAACUCACAUUCAAUGUUCACAUUUCUGCAUGCACACAAAUAGCAAAACAGUCUUAUUUCCAAAUAGAUGUAUUUAUUUUUUAAUUUCUUCAGAUUUCCUUUGCAAAAUUAAAGCUUUUGUUUGACUCAUAAGAGGAAAUGUAACAUUUCAAAGCUUCCUUUCAGCUCAUUUCAAAACAUUCUAGAACAAAUAAAUUUUAUACUAUGUUUAUUUUUAUUUAAACUUUUUAUAAUCUCAUAGAUCAGUAGCUUUUCUUUUCACUGUACAGAAAGGAUCACAUGAAACCAAGCAUCUGUGGUCAAAAUACAAACACUUUCAUUCCAUUUUAAACUAGAACCCCAUAUCUAUGUCAUUUUCCUUGAUUAAUGAGAGUAGAUUUUUAAAAAUCAGAUUUGUCAACUGUGAAACUAAGAGCCUUAAAAAGUUUAUUGCACAUGUAAACUCCUUGUGGCCUACAGGGUUUCUUUUCUGUUUGUUUCUGAUACAGUUGCACAGUGCCUCUGCCCAUUUGGAAAAAGGCCACCGCUAGAUGUCUUCAAUAGAACUUUGUAAUGUCUUUAUGUACGAAUGAAAAAUUCUACCCAUUUUCAUUUUCCAGAACUCAUAAACAUUUUAUUGUCCCAAGAAAAAACUGAAAGCGAAAGGUUAAUAAUCAAGCUACUGGGCCAGGGAACAAUUGCAAGUGAAGACAUUCGUAUUCCAGUCAAAUUAUGGAUGGGGAGAUUUGCAUUGCAAGGUGUAAAACAGAACUAGGGGGCACAGUGGUUUCACAAGGUAGGUGAUAGCAUUGCUAUUUGAUCUGGAUCACUUCUUACAAGCCGAGAAUGUCCUGAGGGCUUUAUAUUCCAAAUCAUGACUUCUAUCACUGAGUUAUGAGAUGGAAUCAUAACUCAAUGGUAGACCACAAGCAUUGCAUUCAGAGGGCUUCCUGGUCAGCUGCUGGCAUGUUUAAUUACAAGGAUGCUAGUUACCAGGUAAUUAAAAAUGAUUAAAUGAGACAACUGCUGAAUGAGUAGACUGUACUAGAAUUGAAGGACAAGCAGUAUGAAACAGUAUAAAGUGUUUUAUUUAUUUGUUUACAUCUAAAAAAUCACUCCAUGUACAUAGAUUUGUUUCCUUUAUAGCAAAUUGGGCAUUUUCCCCUCACAGAAGUAAACUGAAAGUUUUGAAUCUCGCCUUCGGAAUUUGAAGCUACUGUUCUGCAUGUUCUGUUCAAAGAUUGUAGUAGUGCUGUAGUACUGCUGUGCCUUGGUAAUCAAAUUCAAAGCACCAAGGGAUUGCAACAAGCCAUAGGUUAUAUAUGUAGAUGGCAUUGGUUGAAUUGAAGCAGUAGUCUUUAACUUAAAUGCUAAAAUGUUCCCACUUUUACUUCCCAGUAAAGAAUUUUUAGCAAGUUGGUACUAAACAGAAUUUUUCCUGUGCCAAAUGAUUUGCUUUUUUCUUUCCCUGUUUGUCUUUUCUUCUUUGGAUGGUGUCCAAUUUCCAAUGUCUAUAUAAUACAAAUCUGUUAAAUUAGCAUAAAUUAUAUAAUAUUAAAACAUCCAAUAGUUCAUAUUCAAAAAGCCCGUCAUCUUAAACUGAUUAUUAAACUGUUAGAUAGAGAAAAUGUAUAGGAAGAAUGCUCUUCUGAAUUUUGGGGUGCAAAUGGGCAGCUGUUGAACAGUAGUCGCCACUUUGAGUCUCAUUUAGGGGGGGUUGAUAGGAUAAAAAUUACGUAGAAACGAUAAGAAAAAAAUUCAGUGGCUGCUCUUGUCUCUUGCUGAAGCAAAGCAUUAGACUAAAUGUGCAAUUUUAUGCUGCAUUUAUUCAUAUGUCAUAUUUUAUGUGUAUAUGUGUUUCUAGAAGUGCAGGCAUAGUACCUGAAAAGAGUAAAUUCAGACAAAAAAUAAAAGCAAGCAUAUAUAGUUUAUAUGUAUUCGCUUAAAAGAACAGAAUGAUAUAGACAGAGGCCAGAAUCCUACCGUGCAGUUAUAGAUCCAUAACUAACUAUGCAGUGAAUUCUGACCCAACUUCCCAAUCCCCAUUUACCUGGAAGCAGAUGAUGCAAUCAGAGGGGGUCUAUUCUCCUGUCGCUUGGGAGGCCGUUGUCUGACAUUCCUCCAUUGCAACAGGCAGAAGUGAGGCUCCUGUGGCAAUUCCUCCUCACCCCAGAAAUCACUUGUAACAGGUUGGGAUGGAAUAAUCCAUUAAUUCCUAAGUCACAGAGGAAUGGAUCACUGUGAAUUGAAGUGGCUUCUUCCUGGUAAGUAGGGAUUUGGAGACUCUCCCAGUCCCAGCAAAUUCCCUAAACUAGGGGUUGUGUGUAGGGAUUUGAGUACCACACGGUUAUGAACUCAGAGGUUACACAUUCAUGCUAUGUUUAGCAAUUUGAGAGAUAAAAUAGGAAACCAGUUUCCAUAUUAUUUGUAAUGUUAAAGUUUAUGUAAGCAAGACUCCUGGGGACUGGUUUCCCCUAAGAAUGGAAUUAAUCUUUUGCCUAGAAUCAAGUUUUGUUAUUUUUCAUCUCAUUUUAAAACUGUUGGGGGUUUUUUACCUGCAUUAUUUUCAAUCGAUUUAGAAUUUAUCUCGCAACCCUUAGAGUAUAUGUUACAGAAAUCUCCCUUUCUUCUUUUUCAUAUAUUUGUGUGGGUGCCCUAUUAGUUACUUCUUAGUUAAGCGUUUUCUCUGAUAUCCAGAGGAUAAUCAGCCAGAAAAUAUUAUGAAAUACAGAGCAGCAAAGGCGUUCUGAAUAAGACCUGCUUUAAAUACAUACAUUAAAUCAAUAAAAAGGUGUUUUUUUCCUUUUAAUACUGAAGGAACCAAAAUCAGUGCUUUGUCAACCUUGUAAAUCUACAUAGCACAAAAUACUAAACUAACUUCAACCUUUUAAAAAUAGCUAAAAAAUUUAAUUUAAUCUGAUCGGGUAUUAAUAUAGUAAUAGAUACUUAUAGACAUGGUUUAGUUUUGCAGCUUUUAUGCACUCCUUUAGUAGUUUCUGCCCUUUAGAUUAAAAAUGAGGCAAUGUCAAGUGAUGCAUUAUAUAUCAGUCAGUUGAUUUGUUACAUCUUUUUCACACUAGUUACUAAUUUCUUUUAAAAACUUUAAAACUACUGAAUUUAAAAAUUUGCCUCUUAAUUGACCAAGAGAUUUAUUUGUUAAGUUUCAAGAAAACAACAAAACAGAUUCUCCUACAGUACACCAUCCAAAAGAAAAACGAUAAUUUAUUGAAAUGUUUAUAUUUACAUAUACUGACAGAGGCAUUGUAUGCAUACUUACGAGGAUGCCAGUAUCACUGCUAUUAAUGGGAUUGACUUCUGAGUAAGCAUACAUACCAUGGACUUAAAUAUCCUUAUAAAAUGUGAUCCAAGUAGUUACAAGAAGAGAAGAAAAUGAGUAGUGGGGUUUCUGUAUUUCCUUGUAUCUGGUUGGUGAUUUAUCAGUUUGUACUGCAACAGAUCUUGCCAUUGGUAUAGUUCUUGAUGUGUUAUAGCCCAUUGCUGAUUUUGUUUUAAAGUAUGACAUAUUUUAAGCUUUUUGUCAAAAGUGGUAACAUCUUAUAAGAAACCUUUUUGUGGUUGUAAAAUUUAGCUUAUAAAUCAUUCAAAUUGAAGUGAAAAAUACCAAGUCAUUAUUAAUGACAUAGUAUAUCCUACUUAUUAAAAAUAUAUGUAUUUUUGUAAUGGAAAUGCACUUGUAAAUAUUUAAUUUGUCUAUUAUCUCUGGUUUGUUCUGGGGAAAAUGCUGCUGUUAAGGGGAAUCACCUUAUUAUGUUUAGUUUUGGGCUUAAAUGUAUUUUUGUUCCUUUGCAUUUGUGGCAUGUUCAUUCUGUACAAAGCUAAGUAGUUACAACUGGGCUAAAUGCAUUUUAUACCUGGGCAUAGCCAAUUAUGUCUUGUUCAUGACAAGUCUCAUUAAAUCCUACCUGAAAGCAGAAUAUACAUUUGAUGCUGUUUUCAUCUUUAAUGUUAGCUUCCUUCUACUUAACAACAUUCCUGCUUUUGCUACUCUGUUACAACAAAGUUAUAAUUUCAUUAUGAAGGUCACAUUCCUGAGAGAUCUAUCAAUGCCAUUUACAAUAGGUUUGCCACUUAUUUGUAACAAAAACAUUGGACUCUUUUGAAUGCAUAUGAGGCACAGCUUUGUAAGGCAGGAUGGGCCAUAGCAAAAUCUAGUGAAUCAGUGUAAAAUGUGAAAUAAUGUGGCAGGAAAGAACCAUAAUAAAAAGUAGAAGUGGGCCGUCAUGAGCUGGUAGCUGGCAGGCCCGUGGUCAAUUUGUUUUUUGACUGAUUACCUUGCCAAAGACAUUGGUUGGCUCACUAAAAUAUGGGCUGCUUGACAACCUGGUUCACAAAUACAUUUGCAUGUUCCCCCAAUUUUGUUUGUGGAGAAAGCACGAUAGAUAGGUAGGCAGGCAGGUAAAUACUAGGGUUGUGUAUUUUGGGUGAAUCGUUAUCCAUUUCUGCUUGCUGGAUACUGGAAGCCCCCCCAUAUCUGUUUUCCAGUGCCUCCCAAAAAUUGGUGCGCUGACAAAUAGGGGUUUUUGUUCCGCAUUUGGAAAAAAACUGUUCUUUUCGGCCCAUUGGCGGCAUUGGGGGGAACUUAGGCCCCCUUUCCCCGGGAGCCUUUCUUUUCUUCCUUCAAGGGAGCCUGGGUGUUAGCAACGGGGUUAAUAAAGAACUCUAUCCAGCCCAUUAUGGGGGGGACUUCCCACAGGCUCCUCUUCCAUAUCCUUCAUUAAGACCUGGAUUUCAAAAAGCAUCACAGUUACCAUGCUUUCUGGAUCCUUUCCCUUCUGUUUGUAGAAGAGGAGACUGGGGUUACUGCUUUUAAAAACUGUUCUACUAUAGAGGAGAGGCAGGUGCACACGCUUUCUCUCCCAGCACCAGCAGCACAUCACACAGGUUUCCAGGGCAUUUUAAGGAGACCCACGGAAGGAAAGGAUCAGUGGAGCUAUCCUCCCUGGACAACCUUAAAAAUCCCUCUCUUGCCCGCAAUCUCUUUCUGCUUGGGGUUUUGCUUCCUUAAAGCUGUUUCUACUUUCUACUCUAGAGGAGAGGUAGGCUUCUAUUUAUCUUUGCUGGGAUUACUAUUAUUAAUUUUUAUCUUUUAGAAGUAUUUUCUAAAGGAGAAGAAGGGAAGGAGAAAAAGAAGCUAAAAGGGUGAAAAUUCCCAAACGUGUGCGCAGCCCACACAACAUCCCUCAGGUCUCCAACUCCCAGUCAGUCCCUCAAAUAAAAAAAAUCAGGAAAAUAAAGGAAAAUCAAAAAACCAAGAUCGGUUUCUGCUUGCUUUCGUUGUGAGCGGGUUUUCGUACUGGGAGAACCCUUACCGUUGCUCCCAGGGUACUGAAGGUACCGGGGGGAAAAUCUGUGCACAAGUCUAGUAAAUAUUCAUAUUCCAGAUGUAGGGAAGAAUGUGGGUUUUUAUACCUGCAUAUUUUGAAAAUCUGUUCCCUUGGAAACUGUUCUUGGGAACACACAAGAUUUCAGCUGUAAUUAGUGUGUGACACAUACAAAGUGGAGUUUCCAGCUGUUCUUUUAAAAUAGUAAAAGCCACCUCAACUAAAAAUGAAGACUAGAACUAGCCUUUGAAAAUUCUACAGUAGGAGAAUUAUUUCUUAAUAUUUCUUUCCUGAGCCACUCAUGAGCCACUAAAUACUCUAGAGCAGUGGUUCUCAACCUGGGGUCCCCAGAUGUUUUUGGCCUACAACUCCCAGAAAUCCCAGCCAGUUUACCAGCUGUUAGGAUUUCUGGGAAUUGAAAAACAUCUGGGGACCCCAGGUUGAGAACAACUGCUCUAGAGUAAGGGAGGAAAGGUGAAAUACAGCUGGAACUAAAUCUAAUGGUCAAAAACUGAUACCAGGUAACUUGUGAUUCUGAGAUUUUAUUUAGCUUGAAUCCUUGUAGACCCAUAGUAGGACUCCAUACAUGUAAACACAUCAGUGGAAUACAAUAGCAAUGGGUCCAUCUGACAGCCAAAGUUCCCUUCUGCUUUUUAAGUAAUGUCUCUGUAUUUUAAUAUUGUUUUUUAAUCUUAACUUCCUUUGAAGCCUAAUAUAUAUCUGAAGAUAGAUGUUAAUAUUCUCUCACAUUUGCUGAAAUAUGCUGUUAUAAUCAGUCUUAAAAGGAAGUACAUAAAAGUUUGCAGCCAAGAAAAGAGUAGCCAGGUGAAAAACAGAAUGAGGAUCCUGUACCUUUAAUGGUUGUGCAGCUACUAAAGGUACAGAAGCUUUCUCCUAGCCCAAAUACAUGUACUAGUCGACUUGUCCAGAGCUACUUAGCUUAAUAAUUUUAAGAAACACGUAAUUGACAUAAUUAUAUGUCACUUCUGUGACAUAAUGACUGUUUUUCGAAUACUGUAUGCAAUACUAAUAUUAAUUAUGUCCACAGCAUCACUGUAAGCUUCUCAUAGAAACCACAUCCUGUAAGUCCAUAUGCUGCAAUAUGCUUCUAGCCCAGUUGGACAAAACCCUAUAAAAAUCAAGUUGGGCAAGUUGUAUAAAUAAUUUGCUUGUUAGCACUGACUUGCUAUUUUCUGAAAGCAAUAAAUAUAUCCAUGUUGUAACAUCUGUUUUUGCAACCUAUGUGAAGAGGCAUUUUGUUGCACUUUUGUUUUUCUAUAUAAUUUAUUUUGUGCUAUAAAAAGAAUGAUUUGGUUCA